AAAUGCCCAACCCUGUCGUCCACGUGCUCGAUUACGGCGCGGGCAACGUCCGCAGCCUCAAGAACGCCCUGCAUGCACUGGGUUACAAUUCUGUUGAUGUCGAGCGCGUUGAAGAUAUCGAGAACGCGUCCAUCCUUGUCUUUCCUGGCGUUGGGAACUUUGCGCAAGCCAUGUCGUUUCUCACGACCCACAACUACGUCGACGCGUUGAAGGCAUACAUCCUUGCGAACAAACGAUUCAUGGGAAUCUGCCUUGGCAUGCAAACGCUCUUUGAGGGAAGCGAAGAGUGCCCGGGAGUCCCUGGUCUCGGGAUUGUUCCGGGCCUUGUGGCGAAGUUUCCAUCCGAAAACUUGGCCGUUCCCCACAUCGGCUGGAAUGGCGUAAGUGCCCAUCAAUCCUCACCGAUCUUUGCCCAUCUGGAUGCAUCCACCGACCCCACGGUCUACUUUGUGCACUCGUUUCGAGCGUCACCUUCGACCGUAAACAAGUCAUGGGUGCUCACAACGACCAACUACGGUGCGUUCGAGUUCAUCAGUGCAAUCCAGCAUGGGAAUGUCGUGGCCACACAAUUUCACCCCGAGAAAAGCGGAGCCGUCGGCCUUCAGAUGUUGCGUGGGUUCCUGGAAGGUGCGGCUCCCAUAACCCUGGCCAACGCGACCUCACCCACUCAACUGCGCAAGCGCGUCAUCGCGUGUUUGGAUGUCCGUGCCAAUGAUGCUGGGGACCUCGUCGUGACCAAAGGAGAUCAGUACGAUGUGCGUGAAGCAUCGAAUGAAGGUCAAGUACGCAACAUGGGCAAGCCCGUGGAUCUGUGCGCUCGCUACUACUCCGAGGGCGCGGAUGAAAUUGCAUUUCUCAACAUCACGAGCUUCCGUGAGCAACCGUUGGACGACUCGCCGAUGCUGGCUGUGCUCGAAGCGUCGUCGGCCCGUGUGUUCGUCCCGCUGACCGUCGGUGGGGGCAUUCGCGGGUACACGGAUGCCACCAAGCGACGGUGGUCGGCCCUCGACGUGGCCGCGCGGUAUUUUCGCGCUGGAGCGGACAAAAUAUCGAUUGGGAGCGACGCAGUGGAUGCUGCCGAAGCGUAUUAUGCAGGGGCGUCGCAAUCGGUCGACAUCAACGAAAAGAGCUCGAUCGAGCAAAUCUCGACCGUGUAUGGGCGUCAAGCGGUCGUCGUGUCGGUGGACCCCCGCCGCGUGUACGUCGACUCGGUUGACGCGCACACCGCCGUCGUGGAACUCAAGCACAAGUGUGGGCCUCAAGGCGAACGCUUCUACUGGUAUCAAGUGGUGUUCAAGGGCGGUCGCGAAGGUCGUGCUAUGGACGUCGUGCGUCUUGUGCAGGCGUGUGAAGCAUUGGGCGCCGGUGAAAUUCUCCUCAACUGCGUCGACAUGGAUGGACAAAAUGACGGCUACGAUUUGGACUUGAUCUGUCUGGUGAAGGCUGCCGUGACGAUUCCAGUCGUGGCGUCGAGCGGUGCGGGCCGCCCGAGUCACUUUUCCACCGUGUUUGCAGAGACGGGAUGCGAUGCCGCGUUGGCCGCGGGAAUCUUUCACCGUCAAGAAGUCACGAUUGGUGACGUCAAGACGCAGCUCCGCGUCGACGGCGUGCCUGUGCGACGUUAGGCAGCGAGAGAUGAGUCCGUUCUUGGUUGGAUGGUAGUAUUGCGCUCAACAUGAUUAUUCACGAACUACUUUUUUCGUA